AUGCCUUUCCAUCCAGUGACCGCCGCAUUGAUGUACCGGGGCAUUUAUACCAUCCCCAACAUCCUUGCAGAACAGCAUCCUGUUGACAUACCUGAAGAUGAGCUGGAAGAAAUCCGUGAGGCAUUCAAAGUCUUCGACCGGGAUGGCAAUGGCUUCAUCUCCAAGCAGGAGCUAGGCACGGCAAUGAGGUCCCUUGGCUACAUGCCUAAUGAGGUAGAACUGGAAGUCAUCAUCCAGAGACUGGACAUGGAUGGGGAUGGACAGGUGGACUUUGAAGAGUUUGUGACGUUACUUGGCCCCAAGCUUUCAGCUUCCGGCAUCCCUGAGAAGUUCCAUGGCACUGACUUUGACACUGUGUUCUGGAAGUGUGACAUGCAAAAGCUGACAGUGGAUGAGCUGAAGCGGUUGCUUUAUGACACAUUCUGUGAACACCUUUCCAUGAAAGACAUCGAGAACAUUAUCAUGACCGAAGAGGAGAGCCACAUGGGGACCACGGAGGAGUGUCCGGUGGAUGUGGAAACUUGUUCAAACCAGCAGAUCAGACAGACGUGUGUCCGGAAAAGCCUCAUUUGUGCGUUCGCCAUUGCAUUCAUCAUCAGCGUCAUGUUGAUUGCUGCCAACCAGGUGCUGAGAAGUGGGAUGAAGUAG